CCUGGGAACACAGAACACGUCACCGUUUGGUUUCUUCCUCUGUCUUCUCUAUUCGGUCGAGAAGGGGAAGGGAGGGAUAAUAAUAAAAAAAGCCGAAAGUCAUGGGAGAUGUUAAAGUAGACGACGAUGCGAUUCUAAAAUCCUUCCUAGCCGAGGUUGGUGAGGUUGAGAGGGACAACGAAGUCGUCAGGAUUCUCUCAUGUUUCAAGCUGAACCCGUUUGAGCACCUUAACUUAUCUUUCGACUCUUCCACGGAUGAUGUUAAAAGGCAGUACAGAAAGAUAUCUUUGAUGGUUCACCCUGACAAAUGCAAGCAUCCGCAAGCACAGGAGGCUUUUGGAGCGUUGGCAAAAGCGCAACAGCUACUGCUGAACGACCAAGAAAGAGAUUAUAUUCUCACCCAAGUCCAGGCUGCCAAAGAAGAGCUUAAGAUGAAGAGAAAAAAACAGUUGAAGAAAGAUACCGCCUCUAAAAUAAAGUCCUUGGUUGAUGAGGGAAAGCAUGAGCAAAUAUAUGAGCAAUCUGAAGAGUUUCAGAAGGAGCUGAAGUUAAAGGUCCGAGAGAUAUUAACAGACCAGGAGUGGCGUAGGAGAAAAAUGGCCAUGAGGAUAUCAGAAGAAGAGGGAAGACUGAAGAAGGAUGAAGAAGAGCAAAAGGAGAUACGGAAGAAAAAACGUGAGCAUGAAGAACAGUGGGAAGGAACUAGAGAAAACAGGGUAUCAAGCUGGAGAGACUUCAUGAAAGCAGGAAAGAAGGCCAAAAAGGGAGAGACGCGCCCCCCAAAACUGAAGACAGAGGAUCCAAACAAAUCAUACGUCCAAAGGCCGGUCAAGAAAGGCUGAGUCUCUCGACUCUUUUUUUUUUUUUUUAAUGUUGUUGCCAUUGAUAGAUUGGCCUUUGACUCGUUCUACUGCUUGUGUCUGUGUAUCUCUUUGUCCAUCACCAACUCAUUGUCUUUCUAAUUUAUCUCACUUCUCAAACGCGUAAAGACCUUUGACAACGUAUUAUUGCCUCAGUAAUGUCUUUAGAACUGUAGAUAUGUUUGACUGUAGAUCUCUUUAUAAGUUUAUAUCAUCAUUGUGUUA